GUAACACGCAUUACGCAACCAGGAAAUUUCUCUCCUCGAUCGACGAAGCUGUGCACGAAUGCAUAUCUGAUUUUCAUUUUAUCAUAACUGUUUUGUAAUCAAUCAAUUUCACAUGGCGGAAACGAAGCUAGUAAUUGAAGGAUUGAAUGCUAUUGCCUCUUUCCGCUUGCGUUUCCCGAGCCAGGAGCGAAAUACUCUCGAGCAGCAAUACCAUGUAGGUGGAAACGCGGAGGAGCGAAUCGUGGCCGCAGCGGCCUCGCCAGCGUCUCGCCGCGAGUAGUCGGUGAACGCGCGGCGUGCAACGCGGUUCUCGAUUUUUGCGGGUUCGCCUCUUUAUUUUCUUCUGCCUUCCUUCUUUUUACUUUUGAAAUGUCAUAACGGUGUCCUCGAGUGCGCCGCAUCGUGGAGGAUAUGCGCGUCGAUUUCCCGCGCCGAUUCUACGUUAGUCAUCGUCGUCGUCGUCGUCGUUACUGUAACCCGAUCCUGGUCUCGUGAUCAAUCACGAUCGGAUUGCACCACUGUACGAGGGCACGGGCGAUCGAACUCGUCGCGAUAAUGCGAUGAUCGAUGAGGCGGCGGGUGGAGAGGAGGUGAAAGAGGAUAAACAUGAAGUGUUUCGAGAGCUUCUUUAAGCACACUUGGCGGCCGCAGCAGGUGCAUCAGGUGCAUCAGGUGGGUCCGCCGUCGAGACUCGGGCCGACGAAAACGGCGAAGAUGCAGCAGCACGCGGCCGGAGAGACGACGGAGCUUGGCGAGGUGGUGAUUUCAACGGCAACCAGUAGCGUCGCGACACCGGCGGUGCGCGCCAGCGACGCGGCGCCUUGCAAGAACGGCGGCUGCAAGAUCUGGCGAAGCAGCCGCGGCAGCAGCGAGCCGCGGUCCGAGAGCCCUUGGCACUUGCUCAAAACGAUCUUCCUCGUUUCCGUGAUCGUGGCGUUCCUCCUAUGGAUCAUCAUAUACACCUUACUCGACCAGUACCGCAUCCUGUGACCGUCCUCCGAGAUCGCGUUCCACGAUCGGCGUCGAGUCCUCAGAUCCAGGCGCGAUUCCUCAACCGCACAGCUGUUCGACGAUGAUUCAUAAUUGGAUCGCACGAUCCCGCGUAGUCACGUGUCUCCCGCUCUUACGAUAUCGUUAAUCGGAUACCACGACUGACCGCACCGGAACGUGCACGGGGACAAUUUUUUCCAUGCGGGAGGAAAACGGCACGCGCAACAUCCAAAGAUUUGUUUGCUUUGGAAGGCAAAUAUUGCGAGAUAAGUUUUACAGGAUUCCGUUUCCGAGACACGUAAUAUUUGCAUUACGGAAUCUUUGCAAUACUCGAAACAAAUAAAGAGGUGACAAAAAUAGUUUAACAUCUCUGACACAGAAAUGCCAGCGUUUGACGUCAGUGAAUUACUCAAAACAAUAUUGAAGAUUUUUUUGAGAAACGUAUACUUCUCCGCGAAAAAAUUGCUGACAUCUGAAGAAUUCAACGAACGAAUACAUGUACAUAUAUAAAUAAGUCGUCUGAAUAUUAACAAUUUUUCGUUCAAAAUCAUCACAUUCGGUAGCUGGGAGCUCGAAGCUCAAUUGAGUUCCAUGAAUCAGGUUGCGAGUAAUAAUAUAUAUUUCGUAAUGUUUUAAAUGCUUGAUGUGUGUACAUAAAUACUUGAAUAAAAUAUGAUGUUACGUA